AUGAUAAUUGAAGCAAUGAAGCUUUGUCAUAAGAAAAAGAACGAUAAUAAUAGUAGUAGUAGUAGUAGUAGUAGUAGUAGUAGUAGUAGUAGUAGUAGUAGUAGUAGUAGUAGUAGUAAGAAGAAGAAUAACAAUAAAAAGAAGAGGAAGAAGAACAGCAGCAACAACAACAGACUAAUCAUAAAAUUACCCUUAUCAAGUGGCAAGGCUCGGAAUGUGGUGCCCAGCCAGAAGCCGGAGAGUCGCCGAGGCCUAGCAGUGAAAUCUCGUUAAUUGCUUCGCCAAAAAAUGCCUCCGAAACGUUCAUCACUGAGUAGAUCUACCAGCGCAGCACGUAGAAAUAAGCGAAUCAGAGCUUCUUUAACAAACGAGGAACGACAAGCGAGAAAUGAAGCUGAUCGUUUACGAAUUGCGAAUUCACGUGCAUCAGAAACAGAAGACCAACAUACAGCGCGGAUUGAGAGAGAGCGUUUACGAGCCGCCCGAUCGCGCGCAUCAGAAACAGAAGAACAACAUGCCGCGAGAAUUGAAAAAGAGCGUUUACGAGCCGCCCGAUCGCGUGCAUCGGAAACGGAGAAACAACAUGCCGCGAGAAUUGAAAGAGAGCGUUUACGAGCCGCCCGAUCGCGUGCAUUAGAAACGGAAGAACAACAUGCUGCGAGAAUUGAAAGAGAGCGUUUACGAGCCGCCCGAUCUCGACCAACAGUACAUGUUGAUUUGAAUCUUGUUAAAAAACUACCAGUUGUCAACACAGAUGAGUGUUCUUGGAAAAUUAAUGAAGAUUUACAAAGUCCUUCCACUGUGUUUGUGAAGACUGAAUGGGAGUGUGAGAUUGAAGAAGGAUUUCAAGAAAAUGAAGUGAUGCAGGAUGAAACAGAGGACGAGUUAGAACCUCCAACUACUGUGUUUCUGAAGACUGAAACAAUGUGUGAUAUUGAAGAAGCAUUGCCAGAAGAAAAUAAUGAAGAAAGUUGGGAGGAAAAAGCAUUUCAUGGAAAGGAAGCAAGUCAGGAUGCAGAGGAGGAUUCCCAUGCAUCAACUAGUGGGAGUGAAUUUCUUGCUUCAAUGAGACAGAAAAUUGCUGGUGCAUUAUCUGCGAG